CGGCGUUUGCAAAUCUCGAUCAAUCAAGCUGCAUCUCUCAAGCAUACCUAACGAAAUAGUGAUAUAGGGAUAAACGAGUUGAACAGGAAGACAUUUUAAUUUUACGAACUUUAAAUAAUUAUUAAAUUAACAAUGCCGUAUGAGUAUACGUGUAUCUCGGUAUUUCUGAGUGUGGCAGUGCUAAUAAGCGCGGCAUUCGCCAAUAAUCUGCAGUGCAACACGAAUGGCGACUACCAAAUCAUCCCUAAGGCAGACUGCAUGGGUUUCUACAUAUGCGUUUGGGGGUCGCCCGUCGAGAUGCCGCCUUGUCCCGCAGGCACCAGGUUCAGCGCAACCGUUAACGCAUGCGUUCACAAAGGCAGCGACUUAGACGACUGCAUUCCGGAUAGUGGAGUGACGGCGACUCCGGUGACAACUACCGGUCCGCUAUCUGUCGAAGAACGUUGCGCCAUGUUUGGCGGCAUCAUCGCCCACCCCACGGAGUGUCAGGCGUACUACAACUGCAGCGUGUGGUACCAGUACAUACCUCGUUUGCUGGAGCAACACAUGGUCGAGUGUCCAUACCCACAGCUCUUCAACGCGGAUUCGGAGCAGUGUGAACAUUUUGAAAACGUGACUUGUGGAUCUAGGAAAGAAUUUAAAGGCGCUUGCGACUACAGACAGAAUCAAUGUGCGGCAGCCCAUUGUAUUCCUUGCAAUGUCCGGUUCGGCAACUGCGUUGGAAAACUCGACGGCCUUGCCCCGCACGAAGCGAAGCUGUGGAGUCCUUUCUAUGUUGUCUGCUAUAAAGAACGCGCCGUUGAGCACAACAGAUGCCCACAAGACGCUGGCGGCCGGACGCAGUUAUUCCAUCCGGUAUUGAUUCAAUGUGUUCCUCUGGAGAUGAUCCCGCAAAAGUACGGAGGUUCGAUGCCCGCGUAAAACACAUACAUUACAUUCGGUGGAUAAAGUGAAAAACACGUUUCAAGUUUAUUUCUAAGAAACGCAAAUUUAAAACAAUAAUUUUCAUAAUAAGUAUAUACCCCGAAUAUCUUGUUUAAAGUUAUCUCUAUUUUUACAAUCAUUUUUAUAAAGAUUUAAAUAUAUAUACGAUCAUAACAUUUUCCUUCACAGCUAGUGUUUGAACUUAAAAUCGGCGUCAUAUUAAUAUGUCAUCAUAGCACAAAACUGCCCCCAUUAUUAUUCGUUUUAAUUUAAUUCCAUCUGUAUACCAUUUUAAAAAGCGCGUUGUGUAAGAAAGCGAUGUCAGAAAGAUGAAGUGUUGUUAUGUUUGCAUAUAUACAUACAUCUUGAUAAUAAACAAAAUAAAUAAA